AUGGACACCGCAACACGUGAUCUGCACAGCUACCACUUGGCCCGUCUGCUUCACAUGGUGCCGCACUUGCACCGUGUCUACGCCGAGAACUGCUUCCUGGUUCCGUUGUUCUUUUCAUGCGUGAGCCCGGCGGCCAAGCUGCACGUCAAGCUGGUGCUGCUAUGCCUGCAGCGUCGCUUUGGACCCUUAUGCACGCCGGAUGUAUGCGGCCACAUUCUCUCUUUUUUGUCAUUUCCCGAGCUGGCUGAGGCGCCUACGGCCCUGCUGAGGUCCUCACCACAUCGUCCCAAUGAUGAGAACACAAGCGACAACAAGAGUGAUGGCGGAAAGCAACAAUUGCCGCAGCUAUCCGUGGCCAAGAAGCGGCCUCGUGAUGAAACGGAGGCAAGCGUAUCGCCGAGUUACUCACAGCCAUCGCUUGGUGACGCUACAGAAGCAGAAGACGGCGUGGCGGGCGUAGAGAAGCAGCUAAAAGAGGAAGUGGAAUCAAUACAUAAAGAAAAGCAUCAACUGGAACAGCAAGAAACGCCAACUGUGGAUUUAGCGGAGUCGGAAAAGCAAAUAGCGGACCAGCCGAUGUUUCUCAUUCGCCCACCGGCGGCAACCGAUUCGGCAGUGGCUGCGGUGACGACAACGACGCAUCUGUUCGUCCGCAUGGUGUCCGAGUACUUACUUAAUGAAGAGACUAUGAACACGUAUUUCGGUCGUUACGGUCAAGUGUCGUGCACAUUGCUGAGACAGCGGCUGGUCCCGGAUGACACCCACGCUGACGGCGCGGUGCAUACUCAGGACUUCAUCGUCACGGUUGAUUCCAUNGUCCCGGAUGACACCCACGCUGACGGCGCGGUGCAUACUCAGGACUUCAUCGUCACGGUUGAUUCCAUGCACAACGCCCUUCAGGCGGUGCGAAACGCGUACUACCGCGAGCUGGUUUUCAUCGCGCUUCAUGACCCGGUGUACAACACAUACACCCUCGCCGAUGUGGAUCGCAUGCUGCUCGACGUGGCGGUGGAGGUGGCGGAGCCACCGCCGCGGAUAGAUGACGGUGGAGCUGCGGAGGAUAGCGCUGCUGCAGCGUCACUGCGGGCCUUCGUUCCUGAUGUCGUGCUGGACGGCCUGCCGUACUGGCUUACCGUGGACCAGCUGCGCGCUUCCUUCUCGGAAUAUGGCCGUGUUGUGGACGUGCGCAUUGCCGUGGACGAUCGCAGUGGUGCCUUCACGGGUGCUGCGCUGCUGCGCAUGUCCACUGUGGAUGAGGCGGUGGCGGCGUCGGAGGGCCUCAACGGCGCGACACUGAAGGGAUACGAACUGGUGAGCGGCGUGCUCGACGACCGGCUGAACGUCGUGUCGCUGCGCCACGGCACUGUCAUCCAGCGGGCGGACACCCUGGUGCCGGAGGACUGUGACCUAACCGUGAAUGACAGACGGUGGGUGUGA